AUGCCCCGGCAUGCGCGCACCAUCAGCCACGUCGAGCCGCUCCUCCUCAACGGCCAGCUCCACGUGCAGCAGCACGACUCGGCAGCGGCAGAGCUCGCAAAGUCUCCGGUCUCCGACCUCGUGCUCCCGACGCGGCGCCGCUGGGGCAACCUCCUCUUCCUCCUCAUCUUUACGGCGCUAACACUCGGCAUCUGCGGCGGCGCUGUCUGGAGCCUGGUUCACUACUUCGACUCCAUCUGGCAAAGCGGGUUUGUGGCGGCGCUGCUUCUCGGCGGCAUUGCGUUUGCCUUGCGCUACGCCGCCAUCUGGAUGUAUCGCAACGUCCUCGUCCGCCAUUUUUGCACCACGAUGCAGCUCUCACGCGAGAACAAGGAGAGCACGCCCGUGCUCGAGUGGUUCAAGGUGUGGCUGCCUCGGUACAUGAAGGCGCAGCAGGUCCAGUUCAACAACGUGGCGCCGCUCUUCCGGAAGAAAGACGGCACCACCUUCUUCACCAUGCGCAAGUCGGACCAGUUCGCGCUCUCGCUGUGGGCGGCGCAGGGCUCGCACAGCUUCGUCUUCCGGGCGCACGACGGCAGCUGCAGCAGCGUGCUGAUGUCGUAUUACACUAAGGGCGAGAUGAAGAAGACGGGCUGGAACAACGAGCUGGUCGCGCAAGAGUACAUCGACCUCUACAUCUUCGACCCGCUGCACACGCGCCUGCGCCACCUCGUCGAGAUGCUCGAGCGUGCGCAGCAGGCGUACGGAGAGAAGGAGGAGGGCGUGCUUCGCUUCCAGAGGCGCGAGUGGAACUCGUGGAAGGAGAUGUGGGAGAGUCGCGGAGCGGACGAGCCGAUCACCACCAACUUCUCCUCGCUCGUCUUUUACGAGCAGAGGCUGCUGCACCGUGUCUACGAGGAGGUCGAGUCCUUCCUCGCCACGCCCUCCGCCGACCUGCUCGCCGCCGGCCUGCCGCUCAAGAUCGGCCCUCCCUCCCGCCGCGCGCCAGUGCGCCACCUCGCCGCGCGGUACGCGCUCGACAUCAACAUCAUCGACAUGAACAGCGGCCAGAUGAACAAUGAGUCGCUGCUGCAGUGCUUCAACAUGGCGGCGGGCAUCAUCCUGCUCGAGGAUGUGGACAAUGUCGACGCCGCCAUCGGGGUCAAGAGCGCCGACGACAAGAAGGAGCAGCACAGGGUGACGCUCGACGGGCUGCUCAACGCGCUCGACGGCGUGCAGCGCGGCGCCUCGAAGCGCAUCAUCAUCGCAACCACAAACUAUCCCGAGAAGCUGAUGCCGUCCAUCCGCCGCCGCGGCCGGCUCGGCCUCUCCUUCGAGAUCACGUACCCGAGCGACGCGACCCUCGGCCGCCUCCUCCGCCACCACCUCCCCAGCGGCGCCGACGUGGCCGACACCACCGCCCGGCUGCGCGCCGUCGAGACGCGGCUCGGGCUUCCCGCGCCCACCGCCGCGCUCACCGACAUCUUCGCCAAGGCGGGGCUGCGCGCGCGCCUGCCUCGCGCGGCGGCGGACAACGGCGACGGCGGCGCGGCGCCGCCGCUCGACGCGCCGCUGGCGACGGAGAAGGCGAUCGAGGAGGUUGAAGAGGUUCUCUCGGAGGUGGUCUCGACAAACAAGAAGGUCUUCAAGACGAUCGACGAGCUGCUGUCCUUCCUCCACCUCAGCGACGCCUGGACGAGCGGAGACCGCGAGGCGUCGGGGCUCGCGUGGGAGCGUGUCGGGCCGGAGCCGCCCGCCGCGCCUGUAUACGGAGAGGCCCCGCGCGAGCUUGUCAGUGCCAGGCUCUCCACGGGGCUAGCUCGCCAGGAGGGCGGCGAGAUCACUCGAGAACCCGUUGUAAGCUCCCGUAGGCUCUCCAAGGGGCUCGCCGGGAAAGUGGCGAAGGCGAGCGGCAAGGCCGAGGGAGGGAAGGCGCCGUCCUCUUCUGUUGCGGCCGCACCGGCAGAGACGGAUCCUGCUGCGGAGGGGGAGGGGGGGGAGCAGGAGGCGCCGGCUGACCCGUCGCUGCUUGAGUUCAGCGACGAGGAGUGGAAGCGUUUCCAGGUGCCGAGCCUCACGGUCGAGCGGUACGUGCGGGUCGAGGGCGCCGAGAGCGGCGGCGCCACGGUCUACUACCGGCCCGUGGACGACGACGCCAAGCGUGACGGCCGCCCGAAGCCGUACGCCAGGUCGUUUGCCGACGCGGGUUGCUCGAGCGCACUGCUGUGCAAGAAAUUGGACGAUCACCAGCUGAAGGAUUGCCUGAGCAUCGGCGCCCUCGGCCACCGCAUGCAGCUACUGGAGCAGUUCCGAUUCUUGUGA